AUGUGGAAGAAGUUAUUAUCUGGAGCACGGUUCAAACUAAACCAACCAAACAAUUCAUCUAAAAAAUUAAUACUUUCAGUUUUGAAUUCUACGGCGACAAAACGUGAAGCAAGGGACUAUUUAAAUAAGUAUACAGAUGAUCCAAAAAAACAGAAUUAUUGUCUAUUACUGGUGAGAAAUCUCAGUGCAUUGCAUCCUUUCAAAGUCUCUCAGUUAUCUGGUACUAUUGAGAAAAUAAACAUGUUGGGAUUAAAAUUUAUAUUCGUAAUUCCUCCUGACUCUAAAAAUAUCGAUGAAGAUGCUGAAGUUUUAGAUGCGAUUACUACACUUGCUGGAUUAAAUCCCUUACAUUUACAAAAUGGUCUAAUAAAAAUGAAAUCAGGAGAACUUCAAUCAAUUAUUGAAUCUCAAAGAAGUAUUUUUACAUUUGAAAAUAUAUACAAUAACAUCACGCAUUCUAAAAACAGUAACAACUUGGUACCAAUUAUCAAACCGAUGUUAUACGAUGAGAAAACAUCGACCAAUUCAUUAAUUGAGAGUUCAAAUUUAUUUGUGAAACAUAUUUGUUUAAAUGGAGUGUUGAAUAUUGAUAAGUUUUUUAUUAUAAACGAUAUUGGUGGAAUCCCUUCAACUGAAAGGAAUUCAAACUCGCAUGUUUUUAUUAACUUAUCCCAAGAAUAUCAACAUCUAAACAGAGACCUUGAAAAAGUGAUAAAUUUAUUGGAAGCAACAAAAGAGAACAAAGCUGACCUUAUAGAGCAAUUGCACGUAUUAAAAAAUGGAGAUGUCAUCGAGAGUCUCAUUGAAAAAUAUAAAGAGCAUCUAAACGACUUGCAAUUGAUGAAUUCUGCUUUAUCAUAUCUUCCCAACUCAUCAACUGGUUUAAUAACAACUAUUUCAGCUUCAAACACGUCCUCAGAUAAGAAAAAUCCACUUGUAUAUAAUAUUUUAACGGAUAGAUCUUUGAUUUCGUCAUCACUCCCAAUGUUUAAAAGAAAACUCAUUAACGAUACACCUGAUUAUAAUCUCAUCGAAUAUGAUCUUUAUCCACAAUAUAGAAGUGAAAAUGUACUUGAAGAUGAAAAAUCUACUGAAGAUACUGCAUUGGUUACAACCGUAUUGAAAAGAGGUAUUGAUAUAAAGAUAUUCAAUUACCGUACUUUAACACAAUAUAAUAGUAAAGGAAUACCGCCCUCUUUCUAUUCAACAAUUAAAGAAAACCAUCUAAUAGAUGACCUUAAAAUUGACUUAAAAAAAUUGAAUAAAAUGAUUAAUAGAUGUUUUGGAAGACAAUUAGACCUCGAAAACUAUCUAAAGAGAAUAAAUGGCCAAAUUGCAACAAUAAUUGUUAUUGGGGAUUAUGAUGGAAUAGCAAUUUUAACCCACGAAGGCCCUGAUAACAACAAAUUUGUGUAUCUAGAUAAAUUUGCAAUCGUUCCAGAAAUGAAGGGGUCUUUGGGUAUAUCUGAUAUUAUAUUUAAUCUCAUGUUUAAAAGUUUCCCAAAGGAACUUUUAUGGAGAAGUAAGAAAAACAAUGCUGUCAAUAAAUGGUAUUUCCAGAGGAGUGUAGGCGUUUUAGAUCUGUCAAUGGAUUUUGGAAAUGAAGAUAAAACUGAUAGAAAAGAUAGCGAGUUUAAAUUAUUCUACUAUAGCGAACCUGAGAUGCAAACCGAACACUUUUCAAAUAUUGAAAGAAUUAGAGAGUAUUCCAAAUAUAUAAGGGACAUUACUCCGAGCUGGGGAAAGAGAAUGUAA